AUGAGGUUAUACAAAGUAAUUAUUCCACUUCAUCAAAUUCUUCCACCAGAAUAUAUUUAUCAAAUAGAAAGUUAUUGUGAACUUGAACCAAUAAUUACAAUCAAAAAUGUGAAUAUUAGACAACUUAAAUCAUAUGUAAAACAGAAAAAUAAGAAUCGUCAAGUUAAAAAUCCUCAUAGUCCUCAAAAUAAAGAUACAAAUUGCAUUGCUCUACUUGAUUUUAAAUUGGAAAAAUCUAAUCUUACAAUUUCUUACCUAUUAGAGAUUAAUCUUUGUUUUGCUCACAAUCAUUUACUAAAUUUAGUUGUUUCUUUUAGUUUUUAUCCAGUUAGUAUAAAAACACAACAACAAUAUAUAGACUUGUUUCAUAUUGGGUAUACAGCAGCUUUAGCAAGAUAUUUAUAUGAAGAUAAAUUGCAUUUAUUUGCAUCAAAUAAUAAUGAACUUGUAUGUUUAUUGGUUGAUCAAGUCAAAAAUCCAGAUGGAG